CGCGGAGCGCGAGGCUGGCGCCGCUGCCUAGGGCGCCCGGUGCGCUCCGUGGGGGCACGGCCCGGUGCGGCGCGAAUGGCCCUGCUCCCGCGGCGGGCGCUCGCCCUCCUGCUCCUCCUCUUCCUGCCCGCCGCUGCCCUGUGUCAGGAGCAGGCCCAGACCACCGACUGGCGGGCCACGCUGAAGACCAUCCGCAACGGCGUUCACAAGAUAGACACGUACCUGAACGCCGCCUUGGACCUCCUGGGAGGCGAGGACGGGCUCUGCCAGUACAAGUGCAGCGACGGAUCUAAGCCUUUCCCGCGUUAUGGUUAUAAACCCUCCCCACCGAAUGGAUGUGGCUCUCCACUGUUUGGUGUUCACCUUAAUAUUGGCAUCCCUUCCCUGACAAAGUGCUGCAACCAACAUGACAGGUGCUAUGAGACCUGUGGCAAGAGCAAGAAUGACUGCGAUGAGGAAUUCCAGUAUUGCCUCUCUAAGAUCUGCCGGGAUGUGCAGAAAACACUAGGACUAGCUCAGCAUGUUCAGGCAUGUGAAACAACAGUGGAGCUCUUGUUUGACAGUGUUAUACAUUUAGGCUGCAAGCCAUAUCUGGACAGCCAACGAGCUGCAUGUAGGUGUCGCUAUGAAGAAAAAAGUGAUCUCUGAAGAAGAUGCUAAUGGCUGGUGACAGGACAGAAGAAUAUAGAACUACUGCUUUACAGUAUAAAGCUGCCUUAUUUUUGUGAAAGGAUUAUUUUAAGACUUUACUUUGACAUUAAAACUUCAGACUAAAGCAAAAAAUGGGAAAAGUGAUCUUCCUGGACAAUGUUCCUUAGUGUGCCAAACUGUCUUGACCAAUCUCAGAGAGAGGUGCAUGUUAAGGAGAGAAUAUUUUAAAAGGAGUCUGUACUCAAUUUUCACAGCUGUGUUUACCAAAACAAUGAGGUCAAAUGUAAAACUGAUUACAAGGUAUGUUAAACACUGUCUUAUUUGGAAAUAUGGGGAAAUCUUCACUUAGAAGUAUGUUUACUAUAAAAAUUUAAAUAUACAUUUAUUCCUGGAAGGAUCUUUUUUUUUUUCUAUUUUAAUUAACACAUUCUAUGCUGUUUUCCUGUUGAGGAAUGGGCUUGAUGAGCCCGUUAAACAUAUGAGUAAGUCUCACUUCUGUUAAUGAUAAGACUAGUUAUAAGGACAAGGUUUCCAUGUCUUUCUCUCUCUCUCUCUCUUUUUAAUAUAAUUGGAACCAUCAGCUAGUGGCCUCUUAGGGAGCAAAACCAGGAUCUGUAGGUUUUACGUAAUGUGUUUGUAAGGUGAUAUGAACAAAAUUCAGAAAAGCCACUCCCAUUCUAUGAAUCAUUCAUAUGACAAAUAUCAUAUUUUGCUAUAACCUUUGCCUAAAUUGAAGAAAACAUGGAUUUCUUGAGACAAAUGAGAAGUUACUUCACAUACACAUUAGAGAAUUAUAUGCUACUAUGCUUUGGUGUUUAUUUCCUAGCACUUGGUCCUCAUAGUAGAUUCAGGUAUAUCUUUAAAAGUCUGAAACCUUUUCUUAAUAGUUGCCUUAAUAAAUAUUAUUCUAGAUACUUUUUAAAAAAUUUUUAACUGUGGAGUCAAAAGGGAUGGUAAAGCAAGAUACAAAGAACUAUCUUUUGUAGAUUUCUCAUUUACAUUGGAAAUUAUUAGUAGAUGUUUAGAAGCAAAUCACAGGACUUUAGCUGCCUCUGAAAAUGUCUAUAUGUGUUGAAAGCUUUUCCACCCUUUGGAAAGCACAGCUGUAUUCAUCUACUGCUCUUUGCCUCCCGCUGGCUAUGGGCUUUCCCUAGCCUUGGAUCCCAAGCACCAUAUAGCUUUUGGGUAGCUUAUAUAGCCAAAGUUAUUAAGAUAAACUGCUUGAAAAUGUCAGAGAAGGACAGCUCCAGGAGAAGUGGUUCUUUUUAAGUCACUAUAGGCAGAAGUGAGCAAAGAGAAAAAUAUGUUCUGGAGAAGGGGCUACAUUCCUAACUUUAAAUAGAUAUCAUUGCUAAAGACCUAAUACCUUUCCAAACUGAGAUGAUGGAACUUUUCUGCUAAGGAUGUGUCCUCUAUGAGAUGAGAAAUGUGUAUCCCUGUGACUAAUUGAGCAAACUGGGCUCUAACUUAAAUGUUUGGAACCCUUAAUUGAUACUUUUAAAAAGGUAACAGUUUUAUAAUCCAUUGUCCAUAUUUAAUCUUUAUCAAUAUUUGCCAUUGAAAUACUUGACCAGGUAACUUUAAACUUACAAUAAAUUUAUGGAUUUUCUUGGCAGCAUUGGCUCUCAAGAGGACAGACUUAGAAUUCUAUAAAAUCUUUAGUUCAUGGUCACAAAUUCUACACAAAGAUCCAAAGAAGCUUUUUUUCUAUGUUAAGAUUUUUAUCUUGGAAUAAUUUUAGAUUUAUAGAAAAGUUGCGAAGAUAAUAUAGACUUGUUAUAUAUGCCUUACCCCUAAUGUUAACAUUUUACAUAAUCAUGAAACAUUUAUUAAGAAACCAACAUCAGUAAUUACUAACUAAACUCUAGACUUUGUUUGGAUUGUACUGGUUUUUCCAUUAAUGUCAUUUUUCUUUUCCAGGAUCCAAUCUAGGAUACCACAUUGCAUUUAGUCAUCAUGCCUCUGAUAAGCCUCUGGUCUGCGAUGGUUCCUCAGGCUUGUUGUUCAUAAUCUUGACAGUUUUGAGGAGUGCUGGUCAGGUGUAUUGUAGAAUGCCCCUCACUUUGGGCGUGUCUGGUGUUUCCUUCAUAUUUGACCUUGGGUUAUGGAUAUUUUCAGGAAGAAAACCACAGAGGUGAAGAAGGGUUCUUCUCACCAGAUCAUAUCAGUAGUUGAAUGUAAUCAACUUGGUAUGGUAACUCCAAACACUUGGUGUAGGUAGUGGCUGUUGGGUUUCUCCACUGUCAAGUUAUUACUUUUCCCUUUCCAUACUUCUGUUCCUUGGAAGCCAGUCCCCAAAUCAGUCUGUGAAAGGUGGGGGGUGGGCAAGAGUCUGUUCUACCUGCUGGAAAGGGGAAUUUCUUUAUAUGAUUCUUGGAAUUUUUCUGUAAGAAAGAUUUGUCUCCUCACCCGUCCCAUUUAUUCAGUUAUUUAUAUGAGUAUGGACUCAUGUAUAUCUCUUUCAGACUUUGAGUAAUGUUUAUUUUAUUGCUCAAAUUGUUCCAGCUCAGCUAUUGGGAGUUAUGUCAUUUUGGCUCCUGUGUGUCUGUAAUGUGCCCCCAUCCUUUUGAUUUUUGAGCACUUAAAUACUUUCUGGCAAGAAAGUAGGAGAUGUCACUCUAGACUUGUCUUCUAGGCUUCCAGCACCAGAAUCAGCCUCUUCUCCAAAGAGCACUGGUUCCUUUUAUUGGAGAAUGCUUUCUGUUGGAACUUAGGAACCAAUACCUGGGUGCUGAGUGUGCUCAUUGCUGUUGAGGUGUCACUGCUGCUAAGACCCUCCCAGUAAACGGAGCUAGGAAAUAUGUAUGCAUAUUAAUCCAUGUACAUGUACAAUCUACAAUGAUUUCUGUAUGUGUAUAUAUGUUAAGCUGAAUGUGAGUCCUUACUGAUGUCUGCACUUGAAUCACGUACCACAGGGCAUGUAUUUAGAUUUUAAGAAUGGUAUCUGCACUAUCCAUAGAAUAAAGCUCAUAAACAAGCAAAAAAGAAAACCCCAAAACUAGCUUUUAGCAGCUCUAUGCAAGAAACAUAAUACUGAUAUUUUUUAAAUAAAAGUGAAUUGCCUUUAAAUAA